AUGAGUUCCCUCUUCAGCAGCUGCUUUGGUCGGCGUAGCGGGUCGGCGCCUUUGCCCGACACCGACUCGGACGUUCCCGCUGGCCGCCGCGCAGUCGACAGCGUCAAUCCGGCCAAGUGCGCCUUUUGCAACGUCACGCCGGACCGCUUCAAGAUCAUCCUCGAAGACGCCGAGCUGAUCUGCUUCCGCGAUCGCUCGCCAGCUGCAGCAGUCCAUCUGCAGGUCAUCCCACGCACGCACAUCGCCAACGUCCAGAGCCUCGGCCCGCACGACACCGACCUCGUCCGCCGAAUGCAUGCCUUUGGCACCAGAGCACUCGACCUCUUGCAGUCACAGGUGCAGUCCCAGAAGGGUGGCCUCGACGGUGCGUCAAAGGGAUCGACUCCGGUGGAGCGUAGAUUCGGCUUUCACAUUCCGCCGUUCCGAAGCGUCGACCAUCUGCACAUGCACUGCCUCGAACUGCCGUUCAGCAACUCGCUACGUGCUCUCAAGUACAGAGUUGCAAAACCGCCCAGCCCCAGCUACUUCAAGGGAUGGUCCUGGUUUGCAGAAUACGAGCAGACGUGUGCGCUCCUCAGCGCAGGCCGCAAGCACUACGCCGAGAUCGCCGGCAUCGCCGACAGCAACACCCGCGACGGGAGGAUCUGCGUCGGAUGCAAGGUGUCCGUCGAGGAUCAGCAAAGUGACACCCUGUCGCUCGGAUCGCCCGACCGUGUGGAUUUAGAGGCGUUCUGA